AUGAGCGCAAAGGCAAAAAUUGAUUUACCCCAGGAGGGUACCAGCAAGGCUGGAGAAUCCCUCCCUGAGCAUCGCUCAGGCUGCCCUACGUAUUCUGGGGGGGGCAAGCAAUUGCGUGUUGGAGGAGCUGCAGGAGGCAGCAGGGGCCAGACCAAAUUGGGAGGGCCAAAGGUCCCGAAAGGGAUAAAGGCACCGAAAGGUGAAGUGGAGGGCGCACCAGGUGCAGGGAGUGGGGUGGCACCGUCGGGGAAUGCUCCCCACAUGGGGCGGGCACCUAAGCGGAGCGCUGAGAACCCACGGGGUCUCGUUGUGCGAAGCGAGGGCGGCCUGAACCAGGGGGGCGGCUCUGGCAGUGUGGCUCCAUACAGUGCACCACCCGAGCAGCGACUGCCUGAUGUGCGUGAGGCGCUAGGGCCGCAGGGUAACACCAGUGGCACUGCGCUUAAUGCAGCGGAGGGCGGCGAUCUGCAGGGGAGAAGGAGGCGCAAAAAGCGGUCGGGAUGCCAGAGGAGGGUGAAGGCUGAGUUGCGGAGGCAACAGGCUGAGGACGCCACCUCAACGGCAGACCGGAUUAAAAGGGCGAGGGAGAUCAGCGGAGAGAGCCAAGUGUUGGUCAGCGCCAAGCGUGCUAAGACUGAGGAAACUCAGUCCUAUGCCGCGGCUCUGAACAUCUAUAAGAUGGCGAUCACCGCUAAGGACUUUCCAGGGACCUGGCUAGGCGAGGAGGAGUAUCUGGCGCUUCAGGGUAUCAUUUUUGAUAAACUGGAGAUCACGCCGGAUCCCAUCCCCGUCGUCAGCAUGGGAAACCUGAAGUCAGGAGCGAUUCUCUUCAGGUGUGAGGGGGAGAGCUCAAUGAAGUGGCUUCGCACACUUGAUGGCACUGCCGUCAAUGGUGUGGAGCUUAGGGUGGUGGAUGCUAAGAACCUCCCAAAGCCGGUGAAGAUGGCCUGGAAAUCCAGGAACGUCACGAGGCAGGACACAGGGCGGGUCAUGAGGUUGCUGCAGAGGUUGCAUCCGAGCCUGAAGACCUCGAACUGGAGCAUUGUUGGCUCCACUGUAGAGGGGAUGACGGUCAGGAGAAUCGUCCUGAUGGACGAGGCCUCUGCGGCGUACAUCAAAGACCGCCAGUACAUCCUGAACACUGGGAUUGACCGGAGCAUCUUCAAGCUUCUCGAGUACGAUGUAAGGCGUGGGGAUGAACCGGUCAGUGCCAGUGUGACGGCUGAACAGCGUGGGGAUGCGGUGGCGGUCCCGGAAGACUGCCCGCGGACAGAGGAGCAGGCCUUGGAACCAAUAGCGGGACCUAGUGCGAGUGAAGGGCUAUCCGGAGGGACUGGGGGUGCGGGGGAGAAGCUGGUGGUAGAUGAACCUGCUGCCGCUCUGUCUCCCGCAUCCAUAGGCUCGCUGGAGGCCAUAGCUGACCUGGACCUGGGACGGUCCUCGCCGCUGGAGUAUGAUAUCUCCGCGGAUGAGGAGACCGAGCUCGGGGACAGAAUUUGACGUCUGCAGCUCUCUUCGGGGGUUUAAGGGAUCUCACAGCAGUGAAGAUCCAAAGGGAGGGGGAUUUGCGAGGAGUGAUAGUGGCAUCGGCAUAUCUCCCAUAUGAAAAGGCAGAUCCUGUGUCAAGGCAAAUGCAGGAUCUGAUACAACACGGCAACCAAG